GACAGCUUUGUGCAAAGCUCUGUCUAUACACUAGCUCAUCUAAUCGUGACAAUCUCCUGUGAGCUCCAUUUGAAAGUUGAGGAAGCUGGUAGGAGAGGCUUGGGUGUUUGCUCAGAGGUUCAUGAGGCGUCACACCUCAACUCUCCCCUUCUUCAGUGUCUUCUUGGAGCCACCUAUGGGACUGCAUGGGCAGGUGCUGGCUGCUGCAAAAGAGGCAGAGGUGUUCCAGGCCUUGCAGCGGCUCCAUAUGACCAUCUUCUCCCAAAGCGUCUCACCGUGUGGGAAGUUUCUGGCAGCUGGCAACAAUUAUGGGCAGAUCGCCAUCUUUAGCUUGUCUGCUGCUUUGAGCUCGGAAGCCAAAGAGGAAAGUAAGAAGCCGGUGGUGACUUUCCAAGCCCAUGAUGGGCCGGUCUACAGCAUGGUCUCCACAGAUCGACAUCUGCUCAGUGCUGGGGAUGGGGAGGUGAAGGCCUGGCUUUGGGUGGAGAUGCUCAAGAAGGGCUGUAAGGAGCUGUGGUGCCGUCAGCCUCCAUACAGGACCAGCCUGGAAGUGCCUGAGAUCAAUGCUUUGCUGCUGGUCCCCAAGGAGAAUUCUCUCAUCCUGGCUGGGGGAGACUGUCAGCUGCACACUAUGGACCUUGAAACUGGGACCUUCACGCGGGUCCUCCGGGGCCACACAGACUACAUCCAUUGCCUGGCAUUGAGAGAAAGGAGCCCAGAGGUGCUGUCGGGUGGUGAGGAUGGAGCUGUUCGACUUUGGGACUUGCGCACAGCCAAGGAGGUCCAGACAAUCGAGGUCUAUAAGCACGAGGAGUGCUCCAGGCCCCACAAUGGGCGCUGGAUCGGAUGUUUGGCAACUGAUUCUGACUGGAUGGUCUGUGGAGGGGGCCCAGCCCUCACCCUCUGGCACCUGCGAUCCUCCACACCCACCACCAUCUUCCCCAUGCGGGCGCCACAGAAGCACGUCACCUUCUACCAGGACCUGAUUCUGUCUGCGGGCCAGGGCCGCUGUGUCAACCAGUGGCAGCUGAGCGGGGAGCUGAAGGCCCAGGUGCCUGGCUCCUCCCCAGGGCUGCUCAGCCUCAGCCUCAACCAGCAGCCAGCCGCGCCCGAGUGCAAGGUCCUCACAGCUGCAGGCAACAGCUGUCGGGUGGACGUCUUCACCAACCUGGGCUACCGAGCCUUCUCCCUGUCUUUCUGACCUCUGACCACACCCCCAGCCAGCAAGGGUUUUAGAAUGUUUUUCUUUUUCUUUUUUUUUUUAACAAUAAAGUUUCAGGCUUUUCUUCCAUA